AACCUCAAUAUUUGUAGAAUGAGCUGUGCUUGCAAAGGAGUGAGGACCUGUCUAUUUUGUGAAGGAAAAGGUGCUCGACCCAUUUUGAAACAGCCACAAAAUGAAAUACAAUAUUACAUUUGCUACAAGUGUGGAAAAAUCUGUAAAAUGAAUGUGGGAGAGCCAAGUCCGUUAGCAGUAGAACCUUUCUGUCAAACAGCUUGCGAUGACACUCAAUCAUUAAUUGUAUGUGAUGAUUUGGUUGCUGGUGAUAAUGCAUGUACAUUCAAGUUUGAUGGUGUAAAAAUUAUAAGAAAUUUUGUAUCAUUCGAAGAAGAGAAAGAGCUUGUUAGUUUCAUAGACUCCUCCCAGUGGGUGGAGUCACAAUCAGGACGCUACAAACAAGAUUACGGCCCAAAGGUUAAUUUCAAAAAACGAAAAUUAAAAACUGACACUUUUUAUGGUCUGCCGAAAUACACCCACACACUCUUAGAAAGACUGGAAAGUCUCUCAGUGACGCCAUCUUUUAAACCAGUCGAACUAUGCAACCUUGACUACCACCCUACCCGUGGUUCGGCCAUCGACCCUCAUUUCGACGACAACUGGUUAUGGGGCGACCGAUUGAUUACCAUUAACCUCCUCUCAUCCACUUUAUUGUCAUUUAAUCAUCCAGUAGACCCGCUUGUUGUCCAUGUACCUCACCCACGUCUCUCCAUUGUGAUCAUUGAGGGCUCUGCCCGGUACAACUGGUUACAUGGAAUACGGAGGGAAAAUGUGACAGGAAGACGGGUUGCCAUGACUUUUAGAGAACUAAGCCGAGAGUUUUCUUCAGGUGGAAGCGAAGAGAAACUAGGAGAGACACUUUUAUCAAUUGCAUCAAAUUUUAUAUGAAAUGUUUAUUUGAGAAAUCAUCAGUUAAUUACGACCGCUAGAGUA